CAGAGGCGAAGGCGCACGCUGUCAAAACAUGAGAUGUGGUGAUGUGGACACGACAUGGAGGCAAAAGAGGAGACGGUGAACGAUAAGGACCCGUUGUUGAUACCUGCAACGGCAUCCCACAAACAUGGCUGCUGUGGAUCGGGCCCUUGCGACGGCCACCAGUGCCACCACCACUCCGGACGCAGCCUGUUGUUGCUGCCGGCGAUCAUCCUGGUCGUCCUCAUCUGCCUGGAGAGCUCCAGCCUGGCUGGAAGCGGUCGCCGGUAUCCUGCCCCAGCACGGGCCAAGAAGGUGGCAGGUGGGAAGUGUUUCCCUCGGGACGACGAAAACCUUUUAAUACCCGUCCACGGCUCGGGGACCAACUUGGUCGCCUCGUACGCGGAGCGGCGUUCCAGUCCCCGCCAAAUCCGUACCGUCGCGAUCGUGAACCGGAUGGAGCACGUGAACUACGCGUGCACGUUCUGCUGCGGCAAUGGUAACGCUGACGACGCGUUCCAAGUCAGCAGCGCCACGUACGACGUCCACUCGGACCACUUUGGGUUCCGCUACGGCACGGCGGACAUCUUGUGCCCCGUCCCCAAGAACUGCUCCGACCCCUCACACGUGGCCAUUCACAAACAGUACCACCCCCCGGCCCACCACCAACCCAGUAACGGCCCGAGUACCAGCCCCAGCACCAACCCCACCAAGGUGGCACUCCCCCAAAACGCGACAUUCCUCCCCAUCCGCAACAACAACAGGCGCGAUGAGAGCCAUGGCCCGUUCCGGCACCAGUUCACCAUCUGCAUCUCCGUCAUGUAUGAGUACUCCAACGUGCUGCAGCUGGUGCAGACCCUGGAGAUGUUUAAACUGCUGGGGGCCGACCACGUGGCCAUCUACAGGUCCAGCUGUGACGAGGCGGCGCGGAGGGUUCUAGAGCACUACGAGGCGGCGGGGUUCGUGGAGGUGGUGCCGUGGCCAAUCACGGAGCGGAACCUGACGGUGUCGCGCGGCUGGCAGCCGAGCGACUCCCCGGGCGACCUGCACUACUUCGGGCAGACGGCCGCGCUCAACGACUGCGUGUACCGCUUCAUGUACCAGAGCAGAUACGUGGUGAUGCAGGACCUGGACGAGCUCAUCGUCCCCCUGCAGGUCGACACCUGGCCGGAGCUCCUCCCCCGACUGGAGCAACAACACGGAACCGGCGUCGCCAGCUUCGAGUUCGAGAACAACGUCUUCCGGAACACCCAGUGCGGACGGAACGCGGCGCAGCGGCCCGAUGAGUGGGCGGGAGUUCCGGGCGUGGACGUCUUGGACCACGUGUGGCGGGAGCCAAACGACCCGCACGCCUUCAACAACAUCAAGACGAUCGUGAACCCGCGCGCGGUGUACCGCGCCACCGUGCACGGGGUGCUGUGGGCCGAGGGCGCCAGCGUGCGCGUGGACCGGGAGCUGGCGAGGCUGUAUCACGUCAGGGGGCCGUACCGCCGCGACGUCGCUAACGAGGAGCUCGUGCUGGACGAGCGGCUCUGGCAUUACGCGCCCCGCCUCGUCCCCGCGGUAACGGAGGUGAUUAAAAGGAUCUUGAAAUCGAAAUAACUAUGUGUGGAAGAGGACCAUGAAAUGGAAAUUAACUGUGUGUGGAAGAGGACCAUGAAAUGGAAAUAACUGUGAAAAAAAGACAGAUAUCCUUUGCACUUCUGCACUUCACAGUCUGGUGCGUCAUCAUGGGAAUAGGACUAGUAAUUCCAGGUAAAGAAGUGAGUCACCGGAGCAUCUUCAUAUGUGUAAGUUAAACUGUUUUAUUGGGCCCUCUUUCCCGUCGAAAUAACUGUAUCCGUGUGUGUGUGUAAUGCACGUCGGAAGCAGCGGGUCGUUUCAAGGUAUUUCAAGGGGGGC